AUGAGAAUAGCGAUUGCCGGUGCCGGCGGGUUUGCCUAUAUUCUCGCCGAGCAGAUUACUUCUACUGCUAAUGCAGUGCUUGUGUUGUCAACUCAAGAGCAUCCAGAGUUUGAACAGAGUCUCGGCGUUCAGGUGGCUGUUGUGGACUAUAGCAAUGUUGAAGACCUACGAUACACUCUUCAAGGUGUUGACAUAGUCAUCUCUACCAUUUCUGGAGACAACCAACUAAACCUGAUUGAUGCCGCGAGGAGGGCUCGUGUUCGUCUUUUCGUUCCUUCAGAGUUCGAGGGAGCACUCGGCCAUCGACCAACAAACGAUGACCCUCUCGACCGCGGCUCCCAAGCGGCUCUAGAUCUUCUUCGGCGCUGGUCCCAGUCGAGAUCUAACCCUAUGCAGUAUACCGUCUUCUCCUGUGGAGUCUUCUACGAAAGAUUCGCACCCGGCGGUCUUAGCACGUACAACAUCGGAACUGGUAGCAAUGUCCAGAAUCCGGGUGACUUCCUAGUCGACGUCGGAAAUGCAACGGCUGAGAUCGUGGAGCAUAAUUCUCAGGGGCGACCGAUUCAAGUGUCGAUGACUUCUGUGUAUGACGUUGCUCGUUUCAUUGCUGCAGCCAUCGAUCUCGGACCGGGUACUUGGCCCCGAGAGUUCAAAAUGCGUGGAGAUCAAAUGUCGGUCCGCGAUAUCGUUGGUGCUUGUAGUAAUACUCGAGGCGGUAAGGUUUCCCUGUCUUUGUACUAUAUGGCGCAUUACUGA